CAUCAAACUACUGUGAUCAUGAUUGCAAAAACAGUAUUACUGUUUGUCUUUGGAGCGACCAUAUCGUCGGCCCAAUUCAUGCCAAGACUGCCAAGGCCCACACCUUACGAUAUGUCCCUAAUGCCAUAUCUGCGCUCAAAUGGCUGCCCCUCCGGCCCUGCUUUAGCGCCCGUCAUCUGUCAAUUCAUGCUGCCAAACCUGGCACUCAUCAAGCCACAGCUAAUCAAGCCUUCAACUUACAUCCCGCCGCUAGUCGUCGAGAAAUGUGACAAGCCUGAAUUGGAAAUCCAAUUGCCAGCACGUGACCCUAUAGUGAUCCCAGAAGCGCCUAUACUACCACCAAUCACGGUCCCGCAAUUCCCGGUACCUAUGAUUCCAGAGCCUAUCCCACCGAUGCCUAUUGUGGAGCCCUAUGAACCUGCUCCAAUCGCGAUUUCGUCGGCUGUAAGCGUUCCUGUUGCGCCUGUGUUGCCGCCGCUAGCGAUGCCUGUUUUUCCUGAGAUUAUUGAGUAUCAUGGAGCUGAUAUGUCAGAGGCGGUGGGGAAUGGGAUCGACUAUCAACCUCUGCUGGUUCCAGAGGCUCCGGCGGUUGUAUUUCCUGAGGCCAUUCCUGGAUCAAUUAUUAAGCCUUUAACCAUCCCGCCUGCCCCUGUGCUCCCCCCAGCGCCACUCCCGGAAAUUCCUGUCCGCGUAGAAAUCCCUGCACCGAUAGCGCCGUCGAUGGUCAUUGAAGAACCUUGCAUUACAGACGUAAUACCUAAACCUGUACCAAUUCCGAUUGUUCCUAUGCCACUACCAGAACCUGUGCCAAUGCCUAUCGUUCCUAUCCCUGAACCAACCAUAGUUGCUGAUCCUUGCGAGCCUGCACCAGUGGUGAAAUUGCCUGUACGUCCAGCAAUCACGAUGCCUGCCUUCCCUGCACCAGCGCCAGUCUUGUUCCCUGCUCACAAUGUUUUCGUGAACGCGUACAAUCCGUACAUGCAUCGGAUUUAA